AUGGAAAAAGUCAGGAUCUACAAGGAGGCCCUGAUAAAGGUCGAAGCUACCGACCUCGAUAUAGAUACCGACAAACCAUCCACUAGCAAGAAUUGGCAUAUACAAACUGAGGUAUCCAGGAAACAGCAAACUCAAAAGGAAGUACUGUUUUCACGAAGUGGUUCAACCUCAAUGGACUAUCUGGUAGAACUUGUGAGUAAAAGAGCUCUAGUGUUAAAGCGGCACAUUGAAGAGGUGCAUGCCAAUCUAGAGCUCAGCAACCAGGAGGAAACUCUAGAUAGCAAAGAAACACUAGAGUUCCUCUGGAAUAAAGUCCAGUCUACGCUUACCGAUUUGGAGGUAAAAUAUGAUAUACCUUCCCAUGAAAUCGACGGCAUAGACGCAUUGGAGCUUAAAGUCCAUACAUUGUCGAAGAAACUUAACAGGAAGUUAAGUGUCUUUCACAGUAUGAAAGAAGACGUUCCAGAGAUGCCAAAAUCGGAUCUUCCUCAAUUUAAUGGAAGUCCCAAAGAAUGGCCAACGUUCUUCAACUUGUUCUCCGACAUGGUUCACAAAAGGAAGGAUAUCAGCGACACAAGGAAGCUGAAUUACCUGAAAUCAUGCCUCAAAGGAGAUGCCCAAAUGGUAGUGAGCCAUUUGUUAAGUGGAUCAGCUGCUAGCUACAAUUCGGCGUGGGAACUUAUAUGUAAGCGCUAUGAAAAUAAGCGGAAGAUAUUCGCAAACGCCGUUAACCAGCUAGUGGACCUGGAACUGCUGGAAAACAAUGAUGAAAGCAGGAUCCGCCAAUUCUUGGAUACAGCAAAUGAGAAUAUUCACAUCGUUAAAGAAGUAGCCCAAAUUGGUAACGAUGUGGAUGUACUAAUCGCUCAAAUUUUGCUACGAAGAUUCUCGACGGAAGUCCUACAACUUUACGAGCAACAUGUAAAGAGGGCCAGAGAAAUUCAGUCCUUGAAAAAUGUACUCGAGUUUAUUGAUCAACUAUACAAUUCAAUAGACGCAGUACAGAUAAGGGCCGUCCAGACGGUUAUUGAAGCAAAGAGAACGAACUACAAAAGAUGCCGUUUUUGCAACCUGGACAACCACGAAAUUACCAGGUGUUUAAAAUUUAAAGCAGAGCCAGUUAAAAAACGCAAGGAGUUUGUAACUAAAAGUGCUCUAUGUUUUAAAUGCCUAGGUGCCCAUAGCCUGAAAGAGUGUCAAAAGGAUUGGUCAUGCAAGUAUUGUACCAAAUCACACAACAAUCUGCUUCACGAGGAUGCGAACGAAAACGAGACCAUCAGCAGCAAUUGUCUUAAAGAAAGCAACGGACAAGAUACGUUGUUGGCAACUGCGCUUAUUCGGAUUAAAAACAAGUCCGGAAAAUAUGAGCAGCUAAGGGCCCUCAUCGAUGGAGGCUCGCAAAAGACAUUGAUAUCUGAAGAGGCCGCUCAACGACUACAACUGCGCCGAAUCAAGCGGAAAUUGGGAGUACAAGGAAUUUCACAGAAUGUUGAAGUUCUAAAAAACAGCGUUUGCUUGACAAUCAAACCAAGGAUGACAAGCAAAUUCGUCACCAGAACGGAGGCACUUGUUAUGCCAAAACUGCAAAGAGCUCUACCGAGCAAGAAAAUUGAAAUGGACAUCAAUAAGGACUGGAUGGGCUGCAAGCUGGCAGACCCACAUUUCAAUGAACCCAGCAGAAUCGAUGUUGUGAUUGGCGUUGAUUUACUCCACUCAAUAAUGUUGGGAAAAGUUAAAAAAGUCAACGGUAUACUGGGGCAAAAAACUGAACUUGGAUGGAUUGUUUCGGGGAACAUAGCUAGACCAGUAAACAACAAGGUGAUCAGCGCAACAACGACAAUGUGCCUGGAUAACCUCGAACGCUUCUGGAAGCUGGAAAAUAACUUAAGCUGUUCAAAAGAGAACAAUAAAUGGGAUGGCCAAGGCCGGCUAGUAGUCUCCAUACCAUUUAAAAAAGACUUCGAGUCAGGAAAAUCGCGCAAGCACGCUAUGACACGAUUACUGCAUGUGGAGAACAAAUUCAGAAAGCAUCUACAAAUAUUCACGGAAUAUAAAGACUUCACUUGGCAUGGGAACCGCCACCUGAGCAAAGGACCAAAGUAA